CCCUCAGCCAUCUCCCCGGCUUGGGAAGAUGCCGUGCUGGGGGAACGCAGGAGGGGGCGGCUCACAUGACUCUCCCCUCCCCUCCCCGCCCCGGCUGGAGACAAGAGUGGGAAUUACUUCAUUCUUCCAGGAUAGAAAGUCUCGGAACUUUCGGGAGCGGUCCCUGUUCUUCCCAUCUUCUGCUUGCGAACAAGCAAGAAGUGAAACUCCAGCGCUCAAGCUCUGGGCAGGGGCGGCCUGGGAGGGAGGGGACAUUUGCGGAGGGUCCCUGCCCGUCUUCCCUGUGUCCCCGAGGAGGGCGCGGGGGCUCCCCACACAACCGUCUGCUGCCCAUUUCAGCAGCUGCUUGGAAGCCGAGAGUUUUUACAAGCAAACCCCAGACCAGAAAACACACCCCGCCACAGCGCUUCCGGAACGCGUCAGCGAUCCCUGUUCUGCAGUCACUUGGUGCGAAGGGAUUCGAAUCUUCUCCCUUUUUCCAAAGAGGCUGCAAGGUAAGAACCGUAUUGAAGCCGCUGUCACUGAAUGCAGUUUGCUGGUGUCUGACUGUCGUUCUAGGAAAACCCGGUUUGCCCAGAUCGUCCCUGGAGUAACAGCCGCAGGUCUUUUUCGUUUUUUAAGGUUUAUUUUUAUUUUGAGAGAGAGAGAGAGAGAGAGAGAGAGAGAGAGAGAGAGAGAUUCCCAAGCAGACUCCAUGCUGUCAGCACAGAGCCCCAGUGCGGGGAACUCGAACCCACAAACGGUGAGAUCACGAGCUGAGCUGAAGUCAAGAGUCGGACGCUUGACCGACAGCCUCCCAGACGCCCCACCUACAGCCCUUGUACACAGGCAAGUCCGAAGUCACUUGUCCACAAGGCAUCUCCCGAAGGAAACAGCGACAGGACCCAGCACGAAGCCCAGGAGUCUGCCUGGCAGAAGUAAGCUACCCCAGCAAGCCGGAGAAACGAGGGCCAGCCAUGCAGGGCCUGCUUUCCUUGGGGGAACAGGGCAGGUGCUUUUGCAACAGCAGGAGCUGGAAUGAGAGCAAAUCAAGCUCGAGGGGCCUGAGACUGUCAUCCAGGGGAGGCACUGUGGUUACCCGGCCCUGGGGUCAUCCAGGGGAAGCACUGUGAGCCUCAUCAGAGACACGUCGACAGCAAACGCCUGCAGGUUCUUAGGCGGCUGGUAAAAAAAUGUAUCACAACUUCCGGAAAGUGGCUGUUUAGAUCAGAUCACUGCCAUCUGAUUCGCAAAUACCCCGAGAAGCUGGCGAAACUCCAUACCCCUGGAUGGCGUGCUCUGCUGGUCAUGGCUGUCCUGCAAGCCUGGGGAGCUGUGCUUGGAUAGAUAAAAGCUGUUCUGUAAGCCUGUGUCUGAAGCUCCAUCAACAGGUCGAGCUGCGAGGAGGCUGACCCUUCACAGAAGUCAGAGUGGCGACCUGUAAAAUCCUGGCUUAGGAAAAUCUGCCUCCAUUGCUCAUCGGCUUUACUCAGAGCGGUUUGAACUAAAUGUGAGCUUGGGUAAGGAAUAAGUGCCCUGUUCAUGAAUGCCCAGGCUGUUAAACAAAAAUAGCACACAGGAAACGGUAUUGCAAAGGUCAGUUCUUCUGGAAAGGAAGGGACAAGAAACCAUCUAUCUGAAAUUUUAAUGAGCAGAUCCUGGCCUCUGACCCCGUACCCUGACCUAACAAUCCAAUACUGGAUGCCACGUCGGUUUCCAUUUCCUGUGAACGAGGAGGCAGAGUUCCCAUCCAAAGGCCAACCAUCUGCCGGACGUAAGAUUCUGUCUGCCUAGCUGGCUGUUAUGGAUGGGCACGGAGUCUUUAUGGAUAGAGUGUCAGUCCAGACUCCUUGCUUCACAGAC